AUGGCUGGACGACAACCGGAGCAGCCGCGGGGGCCUUACGUUUGCGAGUUCUGCGCCGAGGUGUGGCCCUCGGCUCGGGCGCUCGCCGGCCACAUUAAGUCGCACGGGAAAGCGCCGGCGCAGGACGUGCCCUUCCCCCCUGUGCCGCCGGGAUUCGGUCCGGGCCCGGGCAUGAUGCCAGUCUUGCCACCCUCCUUCUUCCUGCCGCCACCGGUGAUGGCUCUGGGCCAGCCUGUGGCGCCUCCAAGGUUCUUCUUCGGCGGGAUGCCGCGCGUGCAGGUGCGGCAGCCUCCGGCCCCGCCACUGCGGGAUCCUGUCGUCUACGAUGCAGGUGGAACGAUCAGCAUGGGCAUGGACCCCCCCGUGGAGAUCGACUUCAUGGGGCUGCGUCCCAGGCCGGAGCCGCCGUCCCCCAGCUUUGCGAGCUGGCUCAACGCCUGA